AUGACAUCGACACAGGUCCCCGUGGUGAUAAACUACUACAAGCCCGGCACUGAACCGCCAGUAUAUAUCGCUGGUACAUUUUCCGACCCCCCCUGGAUUCCGCACCAGAUGGAGCACAUCCCCCGCGACGACGGGGAGUACAACUUCAAGAAAGAGGUCUGCGGCGAGCCCGGCUCAACGAUUCAGUACAAGUUCCGCAUUGGAACCGGAGACUGGUGGGUGCUCAAGGAAGAUGAACCGACAGUGACGGACGAUUCUGGAAAUACAAACCAUGUCCUAGAGGUGGGAGUCCUAAAAGAGACAUUUGACGGCGUGAAUCAGAAGGCAACUCCCAAACAUCUUGAGCCUCCAGGUGACCGGUCCGGGACUGGCACCUCCAUAGAAGCUCGGGUCGCGGCCGAGGUAGCAGACUCCGCCGAGCUUCUCCACGAAGGGGUACCGAAGCGCGAGCAAGUACAAGACAAUACCAAGGGUGCGGAAAAAGCAGUAGAAGAGGAACCUCCAGCGAAAACGCUGAACAAGGACAGGCAGCAGGGCACCAUUUUCAUUCUCGACCCGCCCCCAGGCGAGCGCCCCCUUGCUGAGAUGCAGCCGCGAGACUACGAGUUCCACCGUGGCCAUGACGAGUACAUCGCCGACAAAUCACCGCUUUUCGCGCACGAGCGAGUUGGAAUGUACCAAUCUGACGAAGAGGAGGAAGAGGAGGAGAGUCCUGAAGAGGAGAGCCUGGACGUGGCGCCACAGGGAUACGCCGAGGCCCAAAAGGUCGACUUUGAUGACCCGACACUUGAGCGGUUUCCAUCAGAUCGGGAAGAGAUUAUCGAUGCGGUCCGACACCUGAGUACCGGGCUCCCGAUCGACGAUGUGUCGUUCGAUGCGGGGCGCCAGAGUCCGGUCGUCAACCCGUCACGGCGAGGCACAGAGGUUAUCACAGGCGACUUCUCGUUGUCACCCCCUGGACCAAAGUCGGGACCUUCUUCGCGCCGGUCGUCGAGAAAAUCUCCCAGGGGAUCCCUCGGGUCCCAUAAAACAACGAGCUCGCUUCAUUCCAUCUCAGAGAACGAGGAGCAAGAUGAAGAAGAGCUGGAAGAGCAGACCAGCCCUCGGCCGGCGGUGGUUUUCACGAACCCAUUGGGGCAAAAGCCCAAGCCCCGACGCUUGACUCUCUCAGCUAGUGACGAGGAUGAAGGGGUCGCGCUCCGUGAGGGUAUAAGCCCUAGAACGGUUAGGCCCAAGGGUCAGAGGAUUACGACACCGCCGAUGUCUCCAAGGACAGGUGGAGAGGGUGGUCCGGCUGGAGGUACGUCCGGAAACUCGAAACCGGCCGACGCCGACGCCGAGGAAGAUAAUAACCCGGAUGUGCAGCCCUACGACCUUGACAAGAAUAAAUUCGGGUCUUCCGUGGCACCCAAGAGAAGUCAAGCCGAGGUAGCAGCACCGCAGCCCACAGAGGUUGAAGACUUUGGACACAGCGAGAGAGCACCGGAGAGAAAGGAGGCAGCGCCUCAGCCCGCAAUCAUCACAACCGAUACCGAUGUAGACUUCUCAGCUGACAAGCCGAGCUACGCCGAAGUUGUGGUCUCUAAGCCUUCUAGCAGUGACGAAGAAGGGACUCAAGCUGAGGGGCCGGGCACUCAGCGCGCUGCUACCGGUGAAUCCUCUGGGUCGGAAACUGAAGACCCCGGCCGGGACGAAGAUGGACGCCCGUCCACGGCAACAACAAAAAACCUCCGCAGGAGGUCAGUUCAGACGGCACAAAAGACGGGCGAAACAGUUACACCGUCGUCCCACGCUGGCCGAGAUGUCCCGUUCGUUCGGCCUAAGUGGGAGGUUGGCUGGAUCAAGACCAUCUUUCGGGCUGUGUUUGUGGGGUUUCUGGGCGGGAUUGUCAACCGUGUGAUGAAGAUGCUGAGAUUGGAGCAGGUGGUGGAGUGGAUUAGGACGAGGAGGGGGGUGAGAGAAACUGUUACUCGUGAGGGUGGUGGGGUAGAUGAAGAAGAACGUGGCAGUGGCAGUGGGAGUGGGAGUACCAGAGGGGAAGCAUUCAUCCUCCAGUUCCGACCCCCUCGGCACAAGAUUGACUUGGAUAUUACCAAGGCUGCGAGGACGAUUUGGGGGGAGUUGGUACCGGUUACGAGGUAUGUGGGGGUGGUUACAGCAGGGGGGAGUGAGGAGGCAGCGGGGAUGGAAACAGAGACGAGGACAGCAGCAGCAGCAGCAGCAGCAGGAGCAGAAGAAGAAGAAGAAGAAGAAGAAGCACAAGGACAGGAAACAACAACAGCAAACGGGCCAGGAACGUCAAUAACCGUCCUCCCCUCCAGCACCCAGGAGAAUCUUUACACAGGGAACCCUACCACCCUGAUAGCAUACACCCACACCCUCCUCCCCGGCACCCCCCUCUCCUCUCUCUACACCACCAUCAACCCCCUCCCACUCCAUCCCACACUCCCCAAACCCCCCAAUCUCGAUCCCGAACUACCUAACCUCCACCCUCUCCUAAAAGCCCUCGCAAAAUCCUACUUCGCCCCCGCCUUCCGCGCCUCCCUGCCCCCAUCCUCACCUCAUCUGCCCGUCGUCAAGCGGGCUGUUGGCUGGACUGUUCGACGCCAACUUCGUCGGUUGGAGAGGGGGUUACCGGAACGGUUUAAGGGGGUUGUGAGGGGGUUUUUGGAGGGGGAUGUUGUUAAUGGGAAUGGGAAUGUGAGGAGGGGGCUUGGGGGGAUUGAGGGGGUUGAGGGGAUUGAAGGAGAUCUUGAGGGGGGUCUAGAAGAGAUUGAGGAGGGUUUGCCGUGGGUUUUGACACAUGGGGAUUUUAUUGGUGGGGGGAAUGUGUUGGUUGAUGUUGGGGGGGAUGAGAGUGAUGGGGGUGAUGGUGACAGGGACCAAGGCCCGGGGGUAAGGCUUACAGGGCUGGUGGACUGGGCGGAAGGGGAGUGGUUGCCUUUUGGGGUGGGGUUAUAUGGGAUUGAGGAGGUUUUGGGGCGGGUUGUGGAGGUUGAGGAGGAGGUUGAGGCCGGCGAUAGGGACGAAGACGCAGACGAGAGCGAAGACGGUCAAGAGGAAAACGAUAGAAACGCCAGUGCCACCGGAACGAGACCGAACCCCAAAACAACAAAAACAAAAACAAAAACAAAAACGACCAAAAAAUUCGAAUACCUCCCCAAUGCCAACGCGCUGCGGGCCACCUUCUGGGAAGCACUCACGGCUGAAAUCCCUGAGCUCGCAGACCCGGUGUUUCGCAGACGGGUGGAAAAGGCGAGGGUGCUGGGGUUGUUGUUGUGGUACGGCAUCGCGUUUGACGACGGCGCGCUUAAUAGGGUGGCCCGGGAGAGAGAGGACGAUGGGGAGCUGCAGAAGCUGGAUUUAUUUAUGUUUGGGUCUUGGUCUGAGUUUGGGGAAAGUUGUGGUGCGACCGAGGAUAAUGGUGUUUAA